AUUCCGCUUAGUUCCUUUCUGCAGUCAAUGCUGAAUCAAUGGCGAUACCGACUACAAAUACUAACAAUUGAAUCAUCUCGCCACGUUUGUUGAACUCUGUAGAAAUUUAAACCUAUACCCAUUUUGCUUUCCUCUCACUUCGUAAUCGAAUCGAGCAAAACCUGAAGAAAUCCAGGUUAUUCCACAUUACCCAUUUCGAAAUUUUGAAUGACGAGAGCUUUUAGAAGACGAACUUCGUAUUCAAGGUCCAUAGAUCGCCUCCGAUUCCGGGCAUCGGUGGACGGUGCUACGAAAUCUGGAUGCAUCAGAGAUAUGAAGCUGAAGGAGAUCUUGACUACUUUGCUUAUAGGUCUUCCGUUGUUUGUUUUUGCUGUUUUGAUGCUUAGGAAUCCGGCGGUGGAUCUCUCUCUGGGUUUUGCCGAAGCCAGAGUAUUGGGAAGAGUGGCCACUAAUAGCGGUUCUGAGAGUUCAGGUUCAGAAAACGGUUUCUCUCAACUCUCCAAUAGAGACAAACUUAUUGGAGGUCUUCUCAUUCCUGGAUUUGAUGAAGGAUCAUGUUUGAGCAGAUAUCAAUCCAGUUUAUAUCGAAGAACUUCAACCCACAAACCUUCUUCUUACCUCCUCUCAAAGCUUAGAGACUACGAAGCACUUCAUCGGCGGUGUGGUCCCCAUACGAAACCAUAUGAUAAAGCAGUAGAGCAACUCAGAUCUGGCAGUACUGUUAGUUUGACAGAGUGUAAAUAUGUUGUGUGGAUGUCUUAUAGUGGCUUGGGAAACAAGAUACUCACUUUAGCUUCUGCAUUCCUCUAUGCCCUCCUUACCAAUCGUGUCUUGCUUGUCGACCCAGGGAAGGAUAUGGCUGAUCUAUUUUGUGAACCCUUCCCUGAAAAAUCUUGGUUGCUAUCAAAUGACUUCCCCUUGGUGGAUCAGUUCAGCAACUUUGAUUCAAAAUCUCCUAAUCGUCAUGGAAAUAUGCUUAAGAUGAACACUCUAAACAUGUCGUUAGAAUCACUCCCAUCCUAUCUGUACCUGCACUUGGCUCAUGAUUAUGAUGAUCAUGACAAGCUUUUCUUCUGUGAUCAAGAACAGGCUCUUUUAGGAAGGGUCCCUUGGCUAAUACUGAAGACAGAUAACUACUUUGUUCCUUCUCUCUUCUUGAUCCCAUCUUUCAAGCACGAACUGAGUAUCUUAUUCCCCCAAAAAGAUACCGUCUUCCAUCAUCUUGGUCGGUAUCUUUUCCACCCAUCGAAUCAUGUUUGGGGACUAAUAACGAGAUACUACAAAGCAUAUCUAUCAAGUGCUGAUGAAAGAAUAGGAAUUCAAGUAAGAGUGUUUGAGAGUGAACCGGGGCCAUUCGAACAUAUAAUGGAUCAGAUUUUAGGCUGUACUCUAAAGGAGAAGCUAUUGCCUGAGGUAGACAAGGAAGGCUUCUCUUCUGUUCCUUCGGAACGCCCAAGAGUAAAAGCUGUUUUGAUGACAUCUUUAAGUUCUGGAUAUUAUGAAAAAUUGAGAACCUUGUACUGGGAAUACCCGACUAAAACCGGAGAGGUUAUUGCAGUUUAUCAGCCAAGCUACGAAAUGUAUCAGCAGACAGAGAAGAAGACUCACAAUAGGAAAGCAUGGGCAGAAAUGUACCUUCUAAGUUUAAGCGAUGUAUUGGUGACCAGUGCAUGGUCAACAUUCGGGUAUGUGGCUCAAGGACUCGGCGGAUCGAAGCCAUGGAUUCUUUACAAGGCCGAGAACAUGACCACACCCGAUCCACCAUGUCGUAGAGCGAUGUCAAUGGAGCCUUGCUUUCAUGCUCCUCCAUUCUAUGACUGCAAGGCAAAAAAAGGAAUAGAUACCGGUAAAGUUGUUCCACAUGUAAGACAUUGUGAAGACAUGAGCUGGGGGCUUAAGCUUGUUCACCAUGAGGAUUUAUAACAACAUUCAGUGACUUGUAAUGAAAUUUGUCCCCAUGCCUUGCCGUUUUAUUUGAAAUGCAAUUUUCCCCCUAAUACAUGAAAAUAGUAGAACUACUUGAAUGAAAUAUUAAACUUAGACCUUUUUUUUGGCCUCUUUUAGAAAGAGGAUGUUACCUCAUACAUACACUUUAAAGGAGGUCAAAAUGUUUUAAUUA